CACACACACACACACGUCGACAUUCACACAUUUCAGAUACACUCCCACCUGCAAAGAGGCCACUCUCUCUAAUUAUCUUCGUGUAUCUCUUUUUUGUCAAAUACACACAUGCACGCACACGUACACACACACUCUGCUGUGUGUGUUUUUGCUCGAUGGUUUUCCAAUGAGGCGUUUCUUCAGGCGGGUUUUUGAGCGACUGGUAUUUCUGUCUAAAAACCUCAAACCGUGUAAAUGCAGGAGACCGAGGAAGGAGCUCAGAAGCGGGAAAACCGAACCAUCGGUGAUCCUGACAGUUUACCUCAAUGACACCCAGCAGAUGCUAACUGAGGUCCCAGUUACUCCAGCAACCAGAGUGAUUGAUGUGGUUGAAUACUGCAAAGAGGCCGGCGAGGGGGAAUGUCACUUAGCUGAAGUAUGGAACGGGCAUGAGCGAGUUCUCCCUCAGGAGUUGUUAUUGUUGGAUCUCCUUCAGCAGUGGGGGGCCAGGAGGCCUGAGGUCAGCUUCUAUCUCAGACACUGCCCCUCCUGGGCACAAGGAAGUCAGCAGCCUUUGGAGCAGAGCUGGACCUCAGAAGCAGCAGACAGCGCUAAUGACAGGGUUCCCCGUGUGGAGCUGACCCUCUCUGAGCUCCAGGAAAUGGCCACAAGACAACAGCAACAAAUAGAGGCUCAGCAACAGAUGUUGGUCACCAAGGAGCAGAGACUGCGAUAUCUUCAGCAGGGAGGCAGAUCUAACCAGGGACAGACACAGUCGGAGGCUGAGAAGCUGCAGCGGUUGAAGGAGCGAGUGGACACUCAGGAAGCCAAGCUGAAGAAGAUCCGAGCCAUGAGAGGACAAGUCGACUACAGUAAACUGAUCAACGGAAACCUCUCUGCAGAGAUUGACCAUGUUAGCAGCCUGUUUCAGGAGAAGCAGGCAGAGCUGCAGUCUGCAGUGAUCAGAGUCGACCAGUUGACUCAACAGCUGGAGGAUUUGAGGAGAGGGCGCCUUCAGUUACACUCUGUGGCACCAGCUCAGGGGGCAACCACUGGGUCCCCUGGUGCUACCACCGGCCAGAAAGGAUCACCCCUGUCUGGCCCUGCAGCCCUGGAACUUAGGAAACUCUACCAGGAGCUGCAGGCUCGUAACCGCCAUAACCUGGAGCAGAGCAGCAAGUUGGCCCAGAACAAGGAGCUGCUGAACAAGAGGAACACCCAGGUGACAGUGAUGGACCAACGCAUCGGAGACCUGAGAGAACGGCUGCAUAAGAAGAGAGCAGAAUUAAGCCGUAUGAAUGGAGGAGGCCUGUCCUCCCCUCAAACCUCUUCCCAUCCUGGUGUUGGAGUUUUGGGUCGAGUGGCGGCUGUCUGUCCCUACAUCCAGGUUCCAGCUGAGGGGAGACAGGAGGCGGGGUACCCCCAACCAGCUGACCCACCACCCAAACCUACCCCGCUCAGCCACACCCGCUCCCUCUCAGAGGAGGACAGGAGUGGCGCCAGGAACCCUCGCGGCCAGUGGAAAGUGUCAGAUUUAGACAUCGUCCUGUCAGAGCCCACUGAGACAUGGGAGGGACCUCGGUCCCCUCAGGGGGGCGACAGUAACAACACUAAUGAAGCAUCAUGGCCUAGCAUCAGUAAGAGUGUGUCAGAUUGGAGGACCAACAGCCCAGAACAGCUUCCCUCUGGUUAUGGAACCUACCCCAGUGCCACCCACCAGGCAGCAGGGCAUCAUUGUGCCACCAGCUCCCUGCCCCGUUCUGCCCCUGGUACACUUGGCUGGCCUCGAUCCAGUGCUGCCAAUGCCACGUCAUCCUCCUCUUCAUCAUCCUCCUCCUUACAGCAAAUACAACAGCGUAUCUCAGUCCCUCCUAAUUCAAGCCAAGGCUCUGCCACCACCUCCCAGCCCUCUCCACUAUCCCCACAAACAGAGCGAACAGAUCCCCCUCCAGCAGUGGCCGUGCGUCCCUACGUCCCGGACCAUCCCUCCAGGCCUCAGUCCCCCAGGAAAGGCCCCGCCACUAUGAACAGCAGCUCCAUCUAUAGCAUGUACCUCCAGCAGCCUCAGGCCAAAAACUAUGGAUCUCUCAGCAACAGAGCUACUGUCAAAGCAGUCUAUGGUAAACCCAUCCUCCCCACCUCCUCCAACUCUCCGUCCCCUGUCCCUUUCCUCCAGGGAGGAGGAGGAGUAAAAGGAGUGGGCGAGGAUGUAACAGAUAAAGGAGGAAAAGGAGGAGGAGAAAGCAGCGAUGGGCAAAUCAUCCCUCCCCCCAGCGUAGAGAACAUCCCUCGUCCCCUCAGUCCCACGAAGCUCACCCCAGUUGCCCACUCUCAGCUACGUUACCAGAGUGAUGCCGACCUGGAGAUUCUCCGCCGACGCCUCAGCAAUGCUCCACGACCACUGAAGAAACGGAGCUCAAUCACUGAACCUGAGGGCCCACAGGGGCCGAACAUCCAAAAACUACUGUACCAGAGGUUUAACACACUGGCAGGAGGCAUGGAAGGAGGCUCAGGCAACACUUUCUACCAGCCCGAAUGCCUUUUGGGCGACAUGGACAGCAUUCAUUUGGCCAAUGGGAAUGUAGAACCUGGUGACAAGCACGUCAGUAUGGCAGCUGUGGAAGGCGAAGUUCAAAACCUGAACUCGGACUCCCGACGCUUGUCCCCUCCGUCUGUUGCAAUAGAAACAUCCAAAGAGACAACAGCAACAGCAGAAACUACCAAUAACGUGUCUCCCACAAACCAACCCAGCCCAUCCCCUGCACCUGAUAGGCCAGAGGACCAGAACAAUAACAACCAGAGAGGAUCUAGUCCUGCCAACAACUCUGCAGGACACCCCCUUCCAUCCCCAUCCCCUCCUGCACCACCUUCACUGCCUAAGAUGAAGCGAACUAACCUGAAGAAGCCGUCAUCAGAGCGGACAGGCCACGGUCUCCGAGUCAAGUUUAACCCUCUAGCUCUGCUGCUCGAUGCAUCAUUAGAGGGAGAGUUUGACCUGGUGCAGAGAAUUAUCUACGAGGUGGAAAAUCCCAGUAUGCCAAAUGAUGAAGGCAUAACUCCUCUUCAUAACGCUGUCUGCGCAGGACACCACCAUAUUGUCAAGUUUCUGCUGGACUUCGGAGUGAACGUAAACGCAGCCGACAGUGACGGAUGGACUCCUCUGCACUGUGCGGCUUCAUGUAACAGCGUCCACCUCUGUAAGAUGCUGGUGGAGUCCGGGGCGGCCAUUUUCGCCACAACAAUUAGUGACGUCGAGACGGCAGCAGACAAAUGUGAAGAAAUGGAGGAGGGCUACACACAGUGCUCUCAGUUUCUCUAUGGUGUACAGGAAAAGUUGGGUGUGAUGAACAAAGGCUUGGUCUACGCUCUCUGGGACUACAAAGCCCAGCAGGCUGAUGAGCUUUCCUUCAGCGAGGGCGAUGCCCUCACUGUGCUGCGUCGACGUGACGAGACGGAGACAGAGUGGUGGUGGGCGCGACUCAAUGACCGGGAGGGAUACGUACCCAGGAACCUGCUGGGGCUGUAUCCAAGGAUCAAACCCAGACAACGCUCACUGGCAUAAAGCCCAGAUUAGGAGCCACGUGCACGCUCGCAGAGGACGCAUGCACGCAGAGAACAAGAGGAGCAGAAGCAGCAUUAGGGCGGACGCCUUAGCCGAGAAAGAAGGAACAAAGGAUGGAGGUAGUCGGGAGGCUGAGAUAGAUGGAGCUCAAAGUUUGGAUGAACAUUUGUUUGGUUUGUUUGGAUGUAACGCUGGAGCCACAGAGCCAUGUUAUGGUAGAGACAUCAUAUAUUUUCACUGAGUUGCUGCAGAGUUAAAAGAAAUUGCCUGAAUCUUAUUUUGAGCAACGGUAGCUUAACAACUUCCCUCGAGUUCAGCCGCAUGACAAACGCUGAGAAGCAAAAAAAUCACCAAGAAUUCCUCAUCUUUUAGGUGUAGCUUCAAGAUCCACCAAAGUUCACAUAGGACAAAGCAUGAUACCGUGAGCUUGGAAUUAUAAGGCUCCAUCUGACAUCAUCCAGAUAAUAAUGAUCUUUGAAUGUCAUUUUAUUUUUGUGAUGGGUUAAUUUAAAAAAAAAAA